AUGGAAAGCUCUGUCGAAAAAUUUCAUUCUGUCCCUAAUCUUCAAACAAAAAUAUGUAGUGAACCGGACAUUCGACACCUGUACAGUCUCUCAUUGUCCCAAAUCAGAAAACGAGCUGAAUUUGGAGAAUACAACUAUAAGCCAUCGCCUUUUAAUAUACGAUGGAUUCACGGAUACAAUCCUAAAGUAGGUGUGAUCAAUCUUAACGACAAAGGAUCUACCACGGCCUUCUAUGCAGCAGGUAACUGUGCAGUGCUCUACAAUUGGACAACGAACAAUAUGAUGAUUCUUCAAGGACACAAACACGUUGUUACGUGUAUAUCAUCAGACAGUGCUGGCAAAUGGUUGGUUACCGCUGAUACAGGAUCAGAAAACGUCAUAAUCAUUUGGGAUAGCACCGACUACUUCCCUCAGAAGACAAUCUUCAAUCCUCACAGAAAUGUGAAGUUGGCAAAGGUCACCAUGAGUGCUGAUGCUAAGUAUCUAUUGACCCUCGGAUACCAUGAGAGAGCGACGAUAAGCUGGUGGAUUUGGUCUCACGGGCAUGAUGUUCCUCACGCUUCAUUAGAUAUUGGCAUUCCUCGCGGAGGUGUCAUUGAGAUGGAUUUCAAUCCACAUCAAUCUGAACAAUUCCUGUUGAUGACGAAAAAUAACAUUUGGAUUGGUAUAUCCGCUAAAGUAUUCGUCAUUGAAAGAGGACUAUUAAAAGAAACAGAUGACUACGAAUUAAAAAUAAGGAUAGUGGAACACAAACUUAACCCUGAAAACGGCCGGCUGACAUGUUUCACUUUCGUCCAAGAAACGUCACAAGUCCUUGUCGCCACCAGUCGUGGAUCAGUCCUCGUGUAUGGAUACACCAUAGAAUACAAAAAAAAAGAAAACAUUGAAUCUGCAAAUUAUAAAUGUUUAAAGUUUAUUAAAGUGCUAAAAGUGGAACAGAGAAAAAUAAAUGUCAUCAAAAGUAUUGAUGGAGUUAUCGCUACUGGUAACAGUUUCGGCGAGAUUCACUUCUAUGAUUACCAGAUGAAGCUGCUGUACUGGGUGCAUGGUUUCACCGUUGACUGUAUUAAAGGAAUAAGUUUCAAUAUAUCACCAAGAAGUUAUAAAAUUUUUGAUCCUAAAUGUAGAACGUUAUGUCCCUGUUGGGAAAAAGUAGUAACUGAAGUUGACGCAAACACCGGCCAGCUCCAACAAAAACUUAUAAUGAAGGAUAUUCCUUCAGACGCCUCCGCGACUGGCAAACCAUUUCUUAUACGGGAUUUCAUCGUAUGCACGACCAAUCAAGGCGUUGGUUUCGUAGAUUUCAUAACAGAGAAGUUAGUGACGAUCAUGGACAACAAACCAUCGCAUGCAACGUCCAUAGCAGUACACCCAGAGAAACCAUACAUCUGCAUCGGUUAUGUCGAUGGAAUUAUGGAGUUAUUUAAUUACGUACAACACAAGCUUUUUGUAAGAAUCGAUUUAAGAGAGCACUACAAAAUAGUGAUCCCACCCAAAGAGGAUUCGAUAAAAGGAGACAUAGAGAUUACGAAACCACAAAUCAGCGUCAGACGCUUAAAAUAUUCACCUUCAGGUCUUCAUUUGGCAUGUGGUUUAGAUACCGGCGAAUUAAUUUUUCUUCAUCCGACAAUAAUGAAUAUCCUAUCACAGAAACCACACAAGGAUACGACUCAUGCCAUUACCCAUAUAGAAUUCAGCCCUGAUUCUCUAUCACUAGCUAUCGCUGAUAAGGGUAGGACAGUUUGCGUGUACAAAUAUGAUUGCAAGGAAUUCGUCUGGAAUUUUAUCGGGAAACACAGGGCCCAUUAUAAAGAUAUUACUGCAGUUAUAUUUUUACCCAAGAAGAAUGCCGAUGGGGAGUAUAAGUUAUUGUCACUCGGUGCUGACAGAAUUAUGGUAGAAUAUGACAUUGGACAGAGUUCUGAUGAGUAUUUAGAAGUUCUGAGUUUAGAUAGAAUUGACCAAAGUGCUGUGCCUCUAUAUGGGAUACCAUGGCAAAAUCCUCCCGAUAUUGAUCCUGAAACCCAACGUACUGAUUUACCAAUGAUUCUUACUUGUAAUGAUGAAUUUAAAUAUAAAAUAGUAAACUACGCGACAACAAUGACAUUGUCAACAAUAUUAGGACCCAAAUACGAGCAUCCUGUGUGCCGCAUGCAAUUGAUAACGAGUAGAAAGGACGACGUUGAGACUCAGUACCUGUUAUUUGCGACGAAAAAUAUUAUAGGUUUGCGAAAGAUGCCGCUUGAUGGUAACCCUUGGAAACAUGUUGCUUUACUUGGGCAUCCAAUACAGGUAAUCGACAUGUGUUAUCGCGAAGACAACGGAACCUUAUUCACAAUAGGGAGUAGAGACAACUGUAUGUAUCAGUGGGCCGCCAAUUACAGAUCGGUAGAGACAACAUCAAAACAAGGUGGUGGCGACUUAGAUCCGUACUAUUGUCUGAUCGAGAACGGCCGACCUGGCUGGUUGUUCCACGAGAUUCGAGACCUAUUUUACUACAUCCAGAUCCUAUGCCAGGGUACCUUUUCCCCAGCGAUGAGGCGUGUGAAGGACUAUAUUCCGAUUGAAUCUUUGCCUGACCUUAUGAGGGCCUUAGGAUACUUCCCUUCAGAUUAUGAGGUGGAAAACUUAAUAGUCGAGGCAAAAUACAAAAUAUAUGAGCGCAAACCCUCUACUGAGAUAGACUUCGAAGAGUUCGUGAAGCUAUAUAUAAAUCAUCGCCCGGUUUUUGGCGAGAGUUUUAAGAAGAUCAGAAACGCUUUCCGUUAUUUUGGUACAAUGGACGAUACGAAUCUCUUUAUGAAUCGUGAAGAGUUUAUUUCUGUGCUCAGUAAUAAUGGGGAAUAUUUCUCACGAGAGCUUUCUCGGUACUUGCUUUCGAUACUAUACGGCCACACAUUCGAAGAUAGGAAUGCGAUGCUGGAAGACGAUUUCUCAUUUUUGCCCGAGGUAAUAACUUUAGAGGAGCUGGCAACCAAUAUAAUAGGUAUACAUGACGCAGGCAUGUACUCAGAUGCUUAUUCAGUUAAAGACUCUAUUGGAUCUCAACAGACAGUGUCGUCUGAUUCCGAAGAAGCGGCAAAUACGAGUUUUUUUUCUAAAAUAAAUACAUCCUAA